AUGUCCCAACAAGUCAACCGCACCGCCACAAACGGCUGGGGUUCGACGCCUUCGCAGCGCCACUAUAUUAACCAUACCCAAGCCUUGCAGGUUAUCAAUGCAGGUAUUCAGCGCGCAGAGGCUAUAGGCGUACCGCAGAACAUUGCAGUGCUCGAUCCGUCGUCAUGGCUUGUGGCUUUUGUCCAUAUGGAUAAUUCCUACCUGGGAAGCAUCGACAUUUCCCAGAAAAAGGCCAAAACCGUGGUGCUGUACAACGGCAUCCCCAACAACGCCUUGCAGAACCGCAGCGAGCCAGGUGGCGAUCUCUGGGGCAUCCAGGAAACCAACGGCGGUACGGUUGUCUUCGGGGGAGGUCAACCAAUAUUUGACCCUGAGGGGUACUUUAUUGGCGCCGUCGGCGUGAGUGGAGGUACCGUGGAUCAGGAUAUUGAUGUGGCGGUGCAUGCGGCGCAGAGUAUUGGCACGACAGUCACGUCGUCCUGA